AUGGCUGUAGACGGUGCUCAGCCGCAGAGACGUUUGCAAAGUCGCCGUAGCACAAUCAGCUGCCUGUCAAAAGGUGCAGGAGACAAGAAGACGUUUCCGUUUUCUCAAAAGAAUGCAGUGAAAGCGUGGAGCUCUCUGGAGAACCUGGACUCUCCGCAGUGCCCCGCGGGGGAAGAGAAACCCAACCAGCAUCACAGCAUCAAGGUUAAUGUUGGCGGCAAACUUUUCCACAUCCCCAAAAAGUGUGCCAUGAAAUAUCCUCACACUCGCAUCGGCUCCCUCGCGACCAGCGCAGACAUAGCCCGACUCAUCACCCUCUGCGACGACUACUCCGUUAAAAACAAUGAAUUCUUCUUUGACCACGAUCCUGCUUUUUUCCACCACAUCUGCCAUUUUUAUGCCAGCGGAGAGCUGUGGGUCAUCAGAGAAAUGUGUCCAAUCAACUUUGAGGAGGAGAUAGCAUACUGGGGUUUGAGCCUCGAGGACACCACGCGCUGCUGCUGCAUGGUGUUCGAGGAGAAGGUGGAUGAAAUGAAGGACAACCUGAAGGUGGAAAGGGAACUCAUGUCUGAGAUCGAGGUCAAGUACGACGAUGAGUCAUUCGAGGACAUGCUGUUUGGGAAGAUUCGAAAAAGCCUGUGGAACAUCGUGGAGAAUCCUUACUCUUCGAUUCCGGCCAAAGCGUUCAGUGUGGUCUCCAACCUCUUUGUCCUCUUUUCUAUUGUGGCAAUGUCUCUCAACACGGUGGAGGAGCUUCAAAACUUUCGAGUUGGCGGAAAACCCCACAUGGAGUGGGUGGAGAUCGUCACCAUUGUGUACUUUGCCUUGGAGUAUUUCACUCGCCUUGCCAGCACGCCAAACCGGCAAAUCUUUUUGAGGAGUGGGCUCAACUUUGUAGACAUGGUGGCAGUCAUGCCUUAUUUCGCCCAGAUCAUCUUGGAAGCCGCUUUUGGCUCGGGGGACGGGAACGCACACGAAGACCUCAGGACCCUGGCGAGCGUCAGCAAGCUCAGUCAUGUCCUAAAAGUGGUCAAGCUGCUGAGGAUCUUUCGCAUUUUAAAACUCGCCCGCCACUCAACCGGCAUGAGGGCUUUUGGGUUCACGCUGCGCCAAUGCUACCAGCAGGCCUCGUGCUUAUUGCUCUUCAUUGCCAUGGGAAUUUUUACUUUCUCUGCUCUCAUGCAUUCGGCCGAGAGGGAGACGGAGGGUUCGCCCAUCAGCAGUAUUCCGCAUGCUUGGUGGUGGGCUGCUGUCAGCAUCUCCACCGUGGGCUAUGGGGAUGUGGUCCCUGUGACGAUUCUGGGCCGCAUCGUGGCCUUUGGCUGCAUCUCCUUCGGAAUCAUCCUGAACGGAAUGCCUAUCUCCUUCCUUUUCAAUAAAUUCUCAGAUUACUACGCCAAGCUAAAGGCCCAAGAGUACAACACAAUCUCAGUCCAACGCCGCUUGCAGCUGCGGCGACGCCUUCGACAAAGGAUGGACACGUGUUUUCAGCCCACGGAGGGAGUGGAGAGUGGUUCCGAAAUAUCCAGUGACAUUCCUCAUUCAACCGACGGUUGA